AUGAACGGACGUGAAACCAAAGAAGAGUUACCAGCAGGAGUGUCUGUAGAAGAAAUUGUAAUUCCUGUACCAUGGGGGCAUGUGGCUGGCAGGUGGUGGGGCCCUCGGAACAAACAACCUUUAAUUGCUAUUCAUGGAUGGCAAGACAAUGCUGGCACGUGGGAUAAUCUAAUACCACAACUUCCAGGCAACACCUCUGUAUUAGCAAUUGAUUUGCCUGGCCAUGGAUUAUCUUCUCACUAUCCUUCAGGAAUGCUCUAUUAUGUUUUCUGGGAUGGGAUAGUUCUCCUACGAAGGAUUGUUAGGCAUUUCAGGUGGGAGAAAAUAAGUCUUAUUGGCCACUCUCUUGGAGGAGCAUUAAGUUUCAUGUAUGCUGCAUCUUAUCCAGAUGAAGUUGAUAGAAUCAUAUGCAUUGACAUAGCAAGCCCCGCAGUGCGACCUCCAGACAACAUGGUUUUAGCUACAGGCUGGUCAAUAAAUAAAUUAUUAGACUAUGAAAAAUUGACCGAAGAUAAGAUUCCAUGCUAUGAAUAUGAAGAAAUGAUUGAUAUAGUUGUUGAUGCUUACAAAGGAUCAGUAUCUAGGGAGAAUUGUAAGGUGUUAAUGAAACGUGGAAUGUCUCCAGCACCAUCAAAUGCAAAGAAACAAGGCUUUUAUUUUAAAAGGGACCCAAGACUCAAAGUGUCUGGCUUGGCCAUGAUGUCAAUUGAAACAGCUCUAGAAUAUGCUAGUCAAAUUCGGUGCAAGGUGUUAAAUAUUCGAGCCAUUCCAGGACAAAACUGGGAAAGACUAGAUUACUAUACUAAGAUAAUAGACAAAUUGAAAGAAACAACUGAUGUUACAUACAUGGAAGUAGAAGGAACUCAUCAUGUCCAAUUGAAUGCUCCUGAAAAUAUAUGUAACAUAAUUGAAGAUUUCUUAGAAGAAUAUUAA